GUGUGUGUGUCUGAUUGCUGUGUAUGUGUGUGUUUAGUUUACAUUUAGCUGCCGCGGCGGCCUCUUCUCUUCUUCAAUUGCAAUCGACAGCAAUUUAAGUUAAUUAACAAAAAAAAAAAAAAAAACCAAACCAAACGAAACGAAAUACAAAAAAUACGUUGAAAAUUUGCCACCUCCGCAAUGAGUAACUAUCAUCCGCACUCGUUGUCGCAUCCGCAACAUCAUCAUCAACAACAGCAACAACAACAACAACACCAUCUUCAGCUUCAGAAUCAUCAUUUGACAGCAUCAUCAUCAUCAACAUCAUCAUCAUCUAACGCGCAGCAGCAGCAGCAGCAACGUAUCCAUAAUCUAUCAACGCCCACAUCUAAUCCACAUUUAGUGGCUCCUCCUCCAGCUCCGCCGCAGCCUUUGAUAAGCAACUCUCUGGCCAUACGCCAGGAAAUACAACGUUUCGAAAGUGUUCAUCCUUCGAUAUAUGCUAUAUACGAUUUAAUCGAUUUGCUACCACUUUCCGAUGCCCAGAUUGCCCAAUCUAUAAGGGAUCAUGUUGUUUGCAUUGAAGAUUCAUUUGUAAAUAGUCAAGAAUGGACUAUUUCACGUUCGGUGCCCGAUCUAAGGCUGGGCAUUGUGGGUUCUUUGAACUCUGGCAAAUCGGCUCUUGUACAUCGUUAUCUCACGGGUUCCUAUAUGCAAGAGGAGUCCCCUGAGGGUGGACGCUUCAAGAAGGAAGUCUUUAUCGAUGGUCAAAGCUAUUUGCUUUUAAUACGCGAUGAGGGUGGAGCUCCUGAAAUGCAGUUCGCUGGCUGGGUGGAUGCGGUAAUAUUUGUAUUUAGCCUGGAAAACGAGGGCAGUUUCAAUACCGUUUAUAAUUAUUAUACGAAAAUGGCGCAUUUUCGUAAUGGACAGGAUAUACCAAUGAUAUUGGUAGGCACGCAAGAUGCCAUUAGUGAACGUAAUCCACGCGUUAUUGAUGACACACGAGCCCGUAAGCUGGCUAGUGACUUGAAGCGUUGCUCCUACUACGAGACCUGCGCUACUUAUGGCCUGAAUGUGGAACGGGUAUUCCAAGAUGCCUGUCAGAAGGUCCUUUCUCAGCGUCUGCCUCUACCCGCCUCAGUGCAACCGCCACGUCCCACAACACCGCAAGGCACACGAUUGGGCUUGGCUCCCUAUCAACCACCCAAUCUGAAUGGACAACAACGUGGACAGCAGCAGCAGUUGCCAUUGCGAAUGAGUGCGGAUUUUGCCCAAGCUGAGCAGAAAUUGUGGUCUUUGCAGGCGACAGGAACAUCGGCGGCAGGAUCUACGGUGGAGAAUAAUAACAUUACCAAAUACAAUCCAGGAGCAAUUACCGUCAAUACGAAUUCAUCAUCAUCGAAUUUAAUGGGCGAUUGUUCUCAGGUGCAGCUUAGAGAUCCACGUGAUUUAGCUCCACCACCCGGCAAGGAAUUGCCCACACCGACUUCGACACCAACCACAAGUCGCAAGAGUCGUCGACGUUCGAAUCUCUUUAUACCCUCGUCAUCGAAGAAGGCUGACAAAGAUAAGGACUCUAAGAGCAGUGAACUGGGCAGUGGCCGAUCCAUACCUAUUAAACAGGGUUAUCUCUAUAAACGUUCAAGCAAAUCCCUGAACAAGGAGUGGAAAAAGAAAUAUGUGACACUCUGUGAUGAUGGCAGACUGACUUAUCAUCCAUCGUUGCAUGAUUACAUGGACGAUGUCCAUGGCAAGGAGAUACCCUUGCAAUAUGUCACUGUCAAGGUGCCAGGUCAGAAACCAAGGGGCUCGAAAUCCAUUAUAACCAACAGUGCCCUGACUAGCUCCCUGCUGGCCAAUGGUCAGCGGGCGCAAAGUGCACUUAGCGAUGGCAUUGGCUGCCUAACCCUGGCCAAGGAUAAUCAACGUAAGCUAAGCGAGAAACUCUCCUUGCUGGGUGCCGGAGCGAGUAGUGGCUCAGUGGCAGGAGGUAAUGCAGGUGGGGUUUCUGGCAUAAGCGGUGUGGAGCCCCUGAAAUCGAAUAGUUCACAACAGACAAGCGGAGACGAGGGCAUUGCCAUGUCCAAUUCAAAUUCACAGACUUUCAUAGCCGCAGGCAAUGAAAUGCUGCAGGCUAGCAAAUUGGAGGCCCAAACGCCAAAUGUCAAGAAGCGACAUCGUCGCAUGAAGAGCAGCAGCGUCAAGGCCAAUGAGGCAGAUGAUAAUGAUGGCUAUGAAUUCUACAUUGUCUCCCUGGACUCAAAGCAAUGGCAUUUCGAGGCCGCCAACUCGGAGGAGCGUGAUGAAUGGGUGGCCGCCGUGGAACAGGAAAUCUUCAAGAGCUUACAGACCAUAGAGAGUGGCAAGACUAAGCAGGCGACCAGCACUGAGCUGGCUGCCAUGUUGGCCAUACGUCAACGUGUGCCAGGCAACGGACAUUGCGUAGACUGUGGAGCAGCAAAUCCCGAAUGGGCUAGCUUGAAUCUGGGUGUACUCGUGUGCAUAGAAUGCUCUGGCAUUCAUCGUAAUCUCGGUUCACAUAUUUCCAAAGUGCGUUCUCUUGGACUUGAUGACUGGCCAGCUGCCCAUCUUAGUGUAAUGCUAGCCAUAGGCAACAGUUUGGCCAAUUCAGUUUGGGAAGCAAAUGUACGGCAAAGAGUUAAACCCACUGCUCAGGCCAGUCGGGAGGAGAAAGAACGUUGGAUACGCACCAAAUACGAGGCCAAGGAAUUUCUUUCCCCUCUGAACACAGGACAUGCCACUCCCACACCGGGACAACAAUUAAUUGAGGCUGUUAUACGUGCGGAUAUCAAGUCAAUUGUUGCCAUUCUGGCCAAUUGUCCAUCCGAGGUGGCUAAUGCCAAUGUCAGUGCCCGGGAUGUGCGCACUCCUUUGCUGUUAGCGUGUGCCAUAGGCAAUUUGGCCAUAGCCCAACUGUUGAUAUGGAAUGGAGCCAACAUUAAGCAUACGGAUCAUGAGGGACGCACUUGUCUGGCCUAUGCCAGAGCAGCUCAAUCCUUGGCCACGGCCAAAUCGAUGAAGGCGGCUGCAGCAGCAGCUGCUGCCAAUGUGCAGCCAGCUCCAACACCGGCGGCAGCUCCUCCAGCUCCAGCGACGCUAAAUGGUGGCAUUCCAGCUCCCCUCUACAAUGUAGAGGAUACAACAGCUCUGGUUGAACUUCUGGUGGGUCUUGGCUGUCCCGAAUCGGCGCCAAUGACGGCAAGUGGCACCUUGCCAAGACGGCGGGAUACAUUGGGAACCCCCUAUGAGAAAUCUGUUUCGGGAGUGAUCUAAGAAUAACAUCUAAGAAUUAAACCAAUAUUAAUUAUAAUUUUAAUUAGUUAAAUUUCCCAUCCCUCCCCCCUUUUACUAUAAGCAACACAUGAAAAAUUCAUUAAGAUUUGAUCGCUGUGUGAAAAUGUGUGUAAAUUUUUGGAAAUUAGUUAAAACUUGAAACAAAACAAAAAAGUAAUGCGU